ACGUUACACACGAAACACGAUAUCGUUUUUGCACCAGUCUACAAUUCAAAGAACAAGAGUUUUCAUCAGUCAUGGCUACAACGGCAACAGCUCAAUCUGUAUCGGUAGCUCCGAAUGCUCCGAUGGCGUCAUCAACACCGAAGAAGAAAAAGUCGCCGACCACCAAAUCGACUGUCGUGCCUGCACAUCCCACCACCGCCGUCAUGGUGAUCGCAGCGAUUAAAAAGUUGACGGAGAAGAAGGGUUCGUCGCUGCCGGCCAUCAAGAAGUACAUAUCGACCCACUACAACGUGGACACCGCCAGAUUCGCUCCUUUCAUCCGCAAGUUCUUGAAAGCCGCCGUGUCCAAAGGCACUUUGGUGCAGACCAACGGUUCCGGCGCCAUGGGUUACUUCAAGCUUCCCGAAGUAAAGAAGAAGAAAACCACGAUCGCCAAAAAACCAACUGCUGCUGCCAAGAAGAUAACUGCUAAAAAACCCGCAAAGGCUGUAGCUGCCGGUACUCCGAAAAAGAGAAAGUUAACAGCCAAGAAAACGCCCACUGCCGCCGAGCCUGCUGCUAAAAAGCCAAAAGCAAUUGCCGCUAAACCCAAUAAAUCGCUGGUCAAGGCGAAAAAGACUGUUGUGACCCCAAAACCGCCAAAAGCCAAAAAAGCCACGGCUGUGAAGAAGACAAAGACGCCCAAGAAGAAAUAGUAGACUCUGAGUGUAAUGACGCAAAUCGUGAACUACUUAUAAAAUAAUUAAUAACUAACUACUUGUACCUUAAAAUGGUCCUUUUUAGGACCU